GCCUUUUUCCCCGGUGCGCCAGGGCUGGCCUAGAGGCGGUGGAGGUGGGGACAAGAUGGAGUAUUUGCGGGUGCUGGGCCGGGGGCUGGGGCAGGUACGUGGGCACGGCGGCAUCUUCGGCUACCUGCGCCAGCUCUUCAGGAUAAAUGAUGUGAAGGUUGGCACAUUGGUAGGUGAAGACAAAUAUGGAAACAAAUAUUACGAAGAUAACAAACAGUUUUUUGGUCGACAUCGAUGGGUUAUCUAUACUACUGAAAUGAAUGGCAAAAAUACAUUCUGGGAUGUGGAUGGAAGCAUGGUGCCCCCUGAAUGGCAUCGUUGGCUGCACAGUAUGACUGACGACCCCCCAACGACUGUCCCUCCAACUCCUCGUAAGUUCAUUUGGAAGAACCACAAAUUCAACCUGAGUGGUACUCCUGAACAGUAUGUACCGUAUUCUACCACUCGAAAGAAGAUUCAGGAAUGGGUCCCACCUUCAAAACCUUACAAAUAGUCUCAGCUGGGAGUGAAGUUCCAGCUUUGCUAUCAGAUUGGAGUGUCUGUAAAUUGUACAUUUGAUGGCUAAAUCCUUUAAUAAAGUUUCAUUGUGUCCUUUGAA